AUGGUUAAGGAAGGAGCAGAUUACGGAUUGCAAACGAAGAACUUGAAAAAUUUAGGACGACCUAUACCAAGAGUGCCACCGUCAUUGAGAGUCCAGAGACUUGGCUGUUUUAAAGACACAGGGCGCAGAGCGAUCCCUAUUCUUGAGGGUAAAAGCCGAUUUCUUAGAGGUAACUACCAGAGGCGACGUUAUGCCAUCCAAAAAUGCCUCAUGGAAGCAGCCAAGAGACGCUAUCGAGUGUUUGGAGUCCAACAUGGCGGCCAGUGUUUUUCGGGACCGCAUGCUCACAGAACCUAUGGGAAGUAUGGUCGAUCAAACAGAUGUAGAAAUGGCAAAGGAGGAGCAUGGGCGAAUGAUGUCUACCUGAUUUCAGGUAAAUGCAGGAAGCGUACGACGCAAGGAAACUGCUGUGCAUUCCCGUUCAGGUAUCGCGGGCGCAUAUACAACCGUUGCGCCAGGAAUCGACGGGGACAGAGAUGGUGCGCACUGACUCCAGACUACUCCAAGGACAGACUGUGGGGGUACUGCCGGGGAGGAAGAAAGCCUGCUCCUAUUAGAAUUUCUGGAGUUACCAUCAAAUCCAUUGGAUGUUUCCGAGACACUGGCCGUCGAGCCAUACCUCAGAUGGAUGGUCGAGGUAUCCUCGUUCGGGAUUUCUACCGAAGAAGAGCCGACGCCAUUUUUAAGUGCGCACUUGAAGCCAUGAGGCGCAAUUAUAGAUUCUUUGCUGUGCAACACCAAGGAUGGUGUGCGACUGGCCCAAGAGCUCACAUGACCUUCGGGAAGUAUGGACGAUCCAAUCGAUGUAGAAACGGCAAAGGAGGCCCAUGGGCUAACGAUGUGUACAGUAUUACCGGUUCCUGCCGAAGGAGAACAACUUCGCGUUAUUGCUGUUCUUUCCCGUUCAUCUACAAAGGCCGUCGUUACAACAGUUGCACAAGAAGAAACCACAAUCGACCAUGGUGUGCUCUCACACCAAACUAUGAUAGAGACAAGAAGUGGGGAAAUUGUGCAAGAAGGAGACCGGUAAGACCGGUUCGUCCGGUUGUCCGUCCGCCACGAGGACGAAGAGUAGGAAUCACCACUGGAGUGAUAGCUUACGGCCUCGGUUGCUUCAGAGACACUGGCCGACGUGCCAUAUCAACCCUGGAAGGCAGAAGUCGUCUCCUAAAAGGACAUUACCGCAGGAGACGAUACGCUAUUCAGAAGUGCGCAGGCGCAGCACUAAGACGAGGCUACAGAGUUUUCGCGAUACAACAUCAGGGGUGGUGUGCGUCCGCGAGAUACGCUUUUAGAACAUACCGCAAAUACGGGAAAUCUAACAGAUGUAGGAAUGGAAAAGGAGGACCUUGGGCUAAUGAUGUCUACGUUCUAAGAGGCUCCUGCCGUGUACGAACCACGCGCAACAACUGCUGUGUUUUCCCGUUCAUCUAUCGCGGCAGAAGGUACAGAAGUUGUACCAGAGCUAACUCCAGACGUGCCUGGUGCGCUCUCACUCCUAAUUAUGACGCAGAUAAAAUGUAUGGCUGGUGUAGAGGACGAGGAGUUCGACCAAUCAAAGUCACACCAAGAAUUACACUGCAGAAAGUUGGAUGUUUCAAGGAUACAGGGCGUAGAGCUAUACCCCAGCUGGAUGGAAAAAGUAUCCUCUUACGAGGUCCCUACCGACGAAGAAAACUGGCCAUCCAAAAGUGUGCCUUGGAAACCGCGAGGCGUGGCUACCUUUACUUCGGAGUCCAACAUGGCGGCUGGUGUGCAUCAGGACCGCGGGCUCACAGAACCUAUGCAAAGUACGGUCGAUCAAACAGAUGUAGAAAUGGCAAGGGAGGACCAUGGGCAAAUGAUGUCUACAGAGUGUCAGGGAAGUGUCGGUAUCGAACUACAAGAGGUUUCUGCUGUGUACCGUUCACGUACCGCAGGCGCAGAUACAACGGCUGCGCCACGAAUCGACGAGGACAGAAAUGGUGUGCCAUCACUCCUGACUUUAACAGAAACAAACUGUGGGGGUACUGCAGGGGUGGAAGUAAACCUAGACCAAUAAGAGUUACAAGUGGAGUGAUAGUUAAAUCACUGGGAUGCUACAAAGACACAGGUCGCCGAGCUAUCCCACAAAUGGAUGGCCGUAACCCACUUGUCACAGGCUACUACCGAAGAAGAAUUGACGCUAUCUUGAAAUGUGCCUUAGUUGCUCUGAGGUUUGGUUUCAAAGUUUUCGCUGUCCAACAUCAAGGAUGGUGUGCUACAGGUCCAAAAGCUCACUUGACUUACAGGAAGUACGGACGAUCCAAUCGAUGUAGAAACGGCAAAGGAGGACCUUGGGCGAAUGAUGUGUAUGUUGUUUCCGGCAAUUGCAGAAGACGCACAACUUCGCGUUAUUGCUGUUCGUUCCCGUUCAUCUACAAGGGCCGUCGUUAUAACAGUUGUACAAGAAGGAAUCACAAUCGACCAUGGUGUGCUCUCACUCCCAACUAUGAUCGAGACAGAAAAUGGGGCAACUGCGUCAAACGACGUCGCCCAGUUAAACCAGUCAAGCCUGUUGUCCGUCCUCCAAAAGGAGAUGCUUUAAUAAGGAAAAAAGGACUAAGAAACUGGGUAGAGGCCGCAUCGACUGCGGACGACUGGGUAACCUGGAGCUGGAGAGCCUAG